CGAGCAUCAAAAUAAAGCUGAACGGCAAACUGUGAAGUCGUGUUUUCGCGAGUCUCUUCAGUUUGUAAACAGGAAAAUACAGGAGCGUGUUUUACUCGCAGUGUGUGUUCGUGGGAUGCGCACAGUUAUCGCAAACGACAAGUGAGAGUGUAUGACGUUAACCUGGAGAGUUUCUUGGUUUUGUUAUUAUUUGUGCAAUCGUCCAUCUCCAUCAUUGCAGAGUAGAUUGCUCGGAUCGAAACAGGGUAUUGCUUUAUUCUUUUACGUGCUGUGUGUUAAUGCGCAGCAAGUCGAAACCAGCUGUGGUGAUUAGUUGACAAACCGGAAAUAAAAUUCGCAAUCACAAACCGUGGCUUGAACUGGCAGGACACAGAUCGUUUCAAAGUUCCAACGGGAUUAACAAUAUUUAUUUAUUUAUUUGGCAAGGCCAUUGCGUCAAACAGAUCUUAUUUACUUUGUGGGUUCUGGAGAACGCCAUUUUAUUGCACCUUCUGUGCAUGUCCCAUAGAGUGAACGUAAACAAAAGAACAACGACGUAACUUGAUAGUGUACGGUGUUUAUUUAAUCAACGUGAGCGUUCAAAUUUCUUCACGUUAAAAAGUUCUAACGUGCCACAAAAAAUUGCAUAUUUAAUAACAAGAUACCUUGCUGAAAAGAAGCAUUCGAGGGGCAAAAAAGAAACUGGAUCAACGUAAACAGUGCUGCAUGAGAGUGCAAGAGAAACGGUUGUGCUCGAUUGACUAGAUUCACGUACACGGUCGGAGCCUUUGUUUACAAAUAUAGUGGUGCGAAAGAAUUGAUUUUUUCGACGCACGACGAGGAGCGUAAUUUUCCUGCUGGUGGAACCAGGAUCCUACCACACAUUCCAGAGACAAAAAACUGCAGUAUGUUUAAAUCUAUCAACCUACCGAGAGAGACAGGCAAGAUGUCAGGAACACCAAAAACGAGCGAGGAGCUUCUAGGAGAAUCGUGGAUCGAGGUAUCCUCCAGCACAAGUACUUGCCCAAAGAGCCCUGAACGAACGACACCGUUACCCUUCACCUCAGUGGAAGAGUAUCUCCGGCUGCUGCGGGAAGCCCAGCGAGAAUCCAAGGAAUCGAGCCGAGUUGCUUCGUUGACCAGCUCGCGACGAGAUUCGCCUCGUGGUAGUCCAAAAUCACCACCCAACAGCCCGAAUACAGAGCUUGCCACCACAGAGGAAGAGCUUAAAGGAGUUUACAUCAAUUAUCUCAAUAAGGAAGGAAACACUACCGCUCAGAAAGAUAACGAUUGGAUCUGGGAAUGGGGCACUAGAUCGGAUCACUUGCCGUCAAAGGGAGAGUGGAAGUUUGAGCAUCCCAAGCAGUCCAUUCGCCGUUUGCAGCAAGGAUAUUCGAUGCGGCAGGCUAGGGUCGGAAAGAACUCACUCUUCUCACGAGAAGUUCUAUAUUCACUCGUAUUGACCAAUGUAUUGUCAUUACUGCUGGGAGCCGGUCUCGGUGCCUGGUUACAUAAACGAGGACUACUGUUCACCCGAAUUUCAAUCGAAUAAUCAAUUCAACUUCAACUGUAAGAAGAACAUCUAUUGAUAACUCAAACUUUAUGCGUUCGUUCUGUUUUUGGUUUACUACAUUCGUUCAACAUGCGCCACAGACAAUAGCCAUCAUACAGCUUUAGUCAGUGACCGAGAUGAAAAUGAGUCCCAGUUGCUUUUGUUUAUUAUUAUUUGUUGCAUUACUUCACAUUACCCCGAACAGAAGGUCAACGAAAAUCGAACCCCCUUAAUUGCAUUUGAACGAAUUUUUCUUGGGUAAGCAGAAGGCUCACUGGAAACUCAGGAAGAAAAAUCGAUUGCUAAAAAAUCCAGUUCAAUGGAACGUGAAACGUUCCAAGGCAGAAACAGAGAUAUCGUUGAAGAUUUAGAGUUAGUUAGGUAAUGUACAGUUCAAAUGACUGACAGAAGGAAUAUCCUGGUACAACACAUGCUUUAGUAACGGCUGUUUGUUGUAACGGAAUGGCAUGUAAGUUCUGUCUUGUAUCUUGUGAUUUAAAUAUGUAUGUUAUUGUAUUUGUCGUUUAUAUUGUAUGUUAUAAUCCAGGAUGUAGGAAUCUGAAAGCAGUUUCCUACAAUCGAUUCAUAAACCAGUAUAAGGAAGUUUGAUAAGGAUUAUGGGUGGAAAUUGGAGGAAUAUUUCAAAGCACGACUGCUAUAAGGAAAUUAUUUAUGUAUUGUUUUCCACAGUAAACACCUUAUUCCAUUUUUAUGAUCUACCUUAUAAAUACAUUCAGUAAUACAUAUGCAUCGUUCAAUAUGCGCGUUAUUUGUAUAUUCCUCUCGAAAAUUGUCUUCAAUUCCAUGUAUUCGGCUUCAUUCAAUUUUAACUAAAUUAUACACUAAACGUUCGGUGCGUCAUCUGAGAGCACAUUUCUUAACAUUGUAUCUUUAGUUUGUACUUUUCACUGAUCUGUGUCUCCUUCAGGAUCAUCCAACAGAAGAUAGAAAGGGAGAGGAAUUUGAGAACGAUAAUUCGACAUUUUCUGCACACCAUAAAGCUAUUCUGUAUAACGUUAGAUUGUAAUAUAAGGUAGUAAUUGAAAAAUAUCGUCUUAUUGGAUUUCCUGCAAUUGGUAAAAGACCGAAUGAAUAUGAGAUAAACCCUAUAACAUUAAUAUUCAAAAUUGUAAAUUAUUAUUGUUUAGUCACUAAUUUUUAUAUUACUGAUUAUCCUUGAAAGAAUAAAAAAUUCGAAAGACAAAA